AUGAAUAUCGAGUCAAUCAUCCAAGACGCGAGAGAUAAUUUCAUUCUUGAAAACUUUCAGGAAUGUUUGAAACUUCUACAUGGAAUUUCGGUCUGCAUUAUUGUUCCUCCGGAGUUCCGGGAUCGUGUCGACUUGCUCACUUUUCAGGCCUAUAUCGCGCAGCAGAAGUAUAACGUGGUUAUAAAUGAAGUUUCAAAGUCUCAUGAACUUCCAGAAUAUCGUCUUGUUCUUCUCUUGGCCGAGCAAUUAUCUGAAGUUUAUUCCAAGGACGAAGUUGUUGAUAAACUUAACGCAAUUUUGAUGGAGGACAUUCCUGCCAAGGAUGCGACUGCUCUCACUAUUGGAGCAACUAUUUUCAUGAAUCUAGACAUGCCCGAGAAGGCUCUUAAGCUUCUUCAUCAAAGUUCUGACCUUGUAUGUGAUGCAAUGUCUGUCCAUUGCCUUCUCAUGAUGAACCGGGUCGAUUUAGCGGCCAAAGUAGUUCUUAGAAUGCAGACCAAAAAUGAGGACUCUAUGGUUAGCCAGUUAGCUUCCGCCGAAUUAUGCUUGGUUCAGGGAGGAGAGAAGGUAGCAGAAGCGCUGAACAUCUACCAGGAGUUGCAGGAGAAGAACAAGCCCUCCACGCUUUUGUUGAAUGGUCAGGCUAUUGCUCUCAUCGCCUUAGGACGGCACACCGAGGCUGAGCCUCUUCUUCGUCAGGCUCUUGAUAUUGUCGGUUUGCCCAGUCAUCGGCUUUUGCAUCCACUGCACCUUUUUAAUUGUUGA